CUAGCAUUUAGUAAACAUCCAAAAUAAUUCGAUACCACCUUCAAUCUAUUUAACAUUAUUAAUUAAAAUAAAAAUACCAUUAAACCUUUAAUUGUUUAAAUUCGUCAUCAGACGAUAACAUUCGUGAUAAAAAUUAUAGUGAAAACAAAUGCUUAGAUAUGUUCCACAUUCCACAAUACGUACUUGAAAAAUUACGAUGUUCUAUAUGUGGCAGUUAUCUCAGUUCCAAACCUUUAAUGGUACGGGUAGAAGACCAGCAAGUAUGUGGAAAGUGUUAUAAGUUAUUACCAACUGAAGAAAAAGAAAAAUGUGUCAGACAAAUUGGGUUAGAAAGUAUAGCCGAAAUUAUUCAGUUUCCAUGUAGAUAUAAUACACAAGGCUGUAGUCAUACUUUUAAUUGGUGCGAUGAAAAAGAGCAUGAAGCAACCUGCCCCUACCGAAGCCUAAUCAGUUUUUCCAGUGAAAGAGCAAGGUAUUCUAAUCUUGACAGUAUUAAUACAUUUUUACAUAAUGAUAACGAAAUUAUCUGUGAGUCAGAUCAAAUAAAAGCCAUUUUAUUAUAUGACAUUAAAGAAAAUACAUACACCAACGAAGCAAAAUGUUUAAAAUACUCAUUAAAUAUAAAAGGUAAUUGUGACCAUACUAUAACUAUUAAAAAUAAUAACACUAAUGAAGCAACUGGAGAUGUUGAAAUCAGAAUGAACGGAAAUAUUUUCCUAGGAAAGCGACCCGAAGUAGUCUACUCAGACAUUAAAGUGAAACCAAUAGAACACAACAUUUAUGAAACAUUGACAGAUUAUGAUUUAAGAGAUAAAAAGUGCACAAACUGUGGAAAUCACAACGUAAAAAACCACUGUCUUCUAGGUCACAGCUCUUGUAAUAAAUGUCAAGGAAACGUUUGCGUGGAGUGUGUAAAAUUACUAGAAAAGGAUUCGAAAACUUUAUGCAAGAAUUAUCCAAAAGGCUGCAGAGAAACUUUACAAUUCGAUAAUGCUCACAGACAUGAAGUCAACUGUCAAUAUAACGAUUUUAAAUGUAUUUUGGAUCCUUGUAACGUCAUUACAACUUUACCCAACUUCAAGGAACAUAUCAAAAAUGAUCACUCGUCUGAAAUAUUUUUAACUAACGAGAUCAAUAAAAAAUUUGUUAACAAAGAUGAAACGAUUGUAAUUUUUUAUUACGGAAGCAUUUUUAAGUGCGUUUACUUUUAUUACAAGACUUUUGUGGAGUUUUAUGUGACGUUCGUUGGUUCUAGUGACGAGGCUGUGAACUAUUUUUUUGAAAUUACCAUCAAUUUAAAUGGAAGUUUGAUUACUAAGCGAUCAAAAUGUUCCAAUUGGAAUGACGUAAUGUUAGAAAAAGGUAUAACUUUUGAUAGAGUUGAGUUGUUAGGAGACCAUGAGAAGAAGUUAAAUAUUCAAGUAAAUUUAAAAAUUUUAAAUAAGAAAUAAAUGUGUGCUUUAUAAAGAUAAUUAUUUUAAUAUUGCUAGUUAAAAUUCUAUAUAGUUUUCGUUAUAAGCGACA